GUGACCAAAAGUGCCAUGGCCGCUUCCUCGCUUUCGGAGUGCUUAUAUAGGCUAGGUGACGGCCAUACCCCUCUCUCUCCCCGACGCUGAUGCAAUGGCACAAGGUAGCAGAUUGUCAAACUGCGGGCGAGUAGCCGCGGAAGGGACAUAAACCUAAUAAUUGGUGCCACAGGGCCAACUAUCAGUGCGGCUCCAGAACAGCAAUCUGACACGGGCAUACAUGCGCACUGCAGUUUAUAGUCAAUUCGAGUCUCCUCCGAAGGAGCCACACGCAGCAGUGACUAUUCCGACCUCAGCCUUCUCCAGGUCCUGUUUCCGCCGCAGCCUUUUCCACACGAUUUUGGACCAAAACAUUGCCGCUGCGUCAGACUCUAACUUCGUCAGGCCCCAUCGCUCGGAUCCCGCGGAAACCUGGUGUGUCAAGUGAAGGAGCCAGGCCAAACACAUGAAGUAAGACAGGAGGAAGCUAGAGGAAGAGGUGACACGUACAGACGAGGGGGGACCAGCAGGGGGCUAGGAGUAGAGCGGAAGGCGACACAGUCACGAGCGAGCAAGAGGUGGAGCCCCUAGCAGGACAGAGCUGGAACAACAGCAAGGGGCAUCGGUCAUGCUCUAGCACACGGAGAAGAGGCUGAACCAGAGAUACACUGCCCCAAAGACAUCCCUCCCACUGCCCCUGCACUGCGGUGCCAGUGAGGAUGCCCAGGCAGCUAUUGUGACGGGUCGCGACGGUGUGUGUAGGUGGGCAGGCUGAGCUACGAUGCGGCCCUGGGCGGGCUCCUGGCGCUGGGUUACUCUGGUACUGCUGGCGUGGGGCACGCUGCUAUUCUACAUCGGGGGCCACCUGGUGAGGGACAGUGAGCACCCAGAGAGAUCCAGCAGAGAGCUAUCCAAGAUCCUUGCCAAGCUGGAGCGCCUCAAGCAGCAGAACGAGGACCUGCGACGCAUGGCUGAGUCCCUCAGGAUACCUGAGGGCCAGGUAGAAGAGGGAGGGGCCCUGGCUGUGGGGAGGCUACGCUCCCUGGAGGACCAGCUGACCAGAGCCAAGCAGAAGAUACACAGCUUCCAGAGACUGACCGGAGAUGGUCCGGGCCCCACCCAGGAGGAGCUGAGGCGGAGGGUGGAGAACGGUGUGAGGGAGCUCUGGUACUUUGUCCACAGCGAGGUGAAGAAGCUGGGCCAUGUGGAGGCUGGGGAAAGGCCCAGACAGGCUGACACCCUGAUACAAGACCUGGGACACCAGCAGAGGUCCAUCAUGACAGACCUGUACUACCUCAGCCAGGCUGACGGAGUCGGAGACUGGAGAGUGAAGGAGGCCAGGGACCUGUCUAACCUGGUGCAGAACAGGAUCACGUACCUACAGAACCCCCAAGACUGCAGUAAGGCCAGGAAGCUGGUGUGUAACAUCAACAAGGGCUGUGGCUACGGCUGUCAGCUGCACCAUGUGGUCUACUGUUUCAUGAUCGCAUACGGCACACAGCGCACCCUCAUCCUGGAGUCCCACAACUGGCGCUACGCCACAGGCGGCUGGGAGACCGUCUUCCACCCUGUCAGCAACUCCUGUACUGACCGUACCGGGGUGUCUACAGGGCACUGGUCAGGUAGGCACGGUGAGACACAUGACAAGGACAUCCAGGUGGUGGAGUUACCCAUUGUGGACAGCCUGCAGCCCCGCCCCCCCUAUCUGCCCCUGUCCAUCCCUGAAGACCUAGCCCAGCGCCUCCACCGGCUCCAUGGUGACCCGUCCGUGUGGUGGGUGUCUCAGUUCGUCAAGUACCUGGUCCAACCUCAGGCCUGGCUGGAGAAGGAGAUCCUGGAUACCACAGCCAAGCUGGGUUUCAGGCAUCCCAUCAUAGGGGUUCAUGUUCGGCGGACGGAUAAGGUGGGGACGGAAGCAGCAUUCCACCCUAUAGAGGAGUAUAUGGUUCACGUGGAGGAACAGUUCCAACACAUGGCCCGACGCGUCCACGUGGACAAGAAACGAGUCUACCUGGCAACAGAUGACCCCUCACUACUGCAAGAGGCUAAGACCAAGUACCUAGACUAUGAGUUCAUCAGUGAUAACUCUAUCUCGUGGUCAGCCGGUCUACACAACCGUUACACUGAGAACUCUCUGAGAGGAGUGAUCCUAGAUAUCCACUUCCUGUCACAGACCGACUUCCUGGUCUGCACCUUCUCCUCACAGGUGUGCCGCGUGGCCUACGAGAUCAUGCAGACGCUGCACCCGGAUGCCUCCUCCUUCUUUCACUCACUAGACGACAUCUACUACUUCGGGGGCCAGAACGCCCACAACCAGAUCGCCAUCUACCCCCACCACCCCCGCAGCCCAGAGGACGUACCUCUGGAGCCCGGUGACGUCAUCGGCGUGGCAGGUAACCACUGGGACGGCUACUCGAAAGGGGUCAACCGUAAAAUGGGGCGCACCGGUCUCUACCCAUCCUACAAAGUCAAGGAGAAGAUCGAAACCGUAAAGUACCCCACGUACCCUGAGGCAGACAAGCUGCUCUCAAACUCUCAACGGAAGUGAAGAAGGAAGGGAAGGAUGAAAAUAAAAAGAGAGAGAGACACUCUGAAUCAGUUAGACUGCACAUGUUGUGAACCGAGAGAACAGUGGGAAAGGGAGAAAGAGAUGGGGGUGAUUAGACUGCACUGAGAGUGUGUGGGUCUGCCUGUGGGCAUUUACUUGUGUGUGAGUGUGUAUAUCUGGAUGUGAAUCUGUAAGUUGCGGAAUCUUGCACCUGCCACCACCCCGUCCCGGUGCACACAGAUGGGUUUUGUAGAGAAAUAGGAAGGAACAUUGUAUUUCAAACGAUCCUGAAAACAAUUAAAGGUCCGUAGCCGACAACACUCACUCUCCAAGGCAGACUGGGAAUGGACUAUCCAAUCAGGGCAAGCCUUGGAUCGAUAAAAAAAUAUUUUAAAAGCCUUGGAUCGAUGACUGGAAAACAAUUAUAAAUAAGAAGAAUUUACUUGUUUUCAUUUUUAUUAAAUUAUUUUGGUGGUUUAAAUUGUAUUCUUGCCUUCUUUUGUCUCUCCUUUGUUCAUUGAAUGUUUCUGGUAUCUUCCUCUUUCCAUAUUCACUCACUGCGUUCCUCCCUUCUCCUUUCGCUCCAAUAGUCCUACAUCUUAAAGGUCCUACAUCUCCAACAGUCCUACAUCUCCAACAGUCCUACAUCUCCAACAGUCCUACAUCUCCAACAGUCCUACAUCUCCAACAGUCUUACAUCUCCAACAGUCUUACAUCUCCAACAGUCCUACAUCUCCAACAGUCCAACAUCUCCAACAGUCCUACAUCUCCAACAGUCCUACAUCUCCAACAGUCCUACAUCUCCAACAGUCCUACAUCUUGUAUCCUCAUGUGCAAUUCAUUUUAUACCACCUUAAUGUGCUUUUUAACAUGUUUGUGUCAGGUGCUGGUGCGUUGUACUGUAUAUGAUGUGUGUGUGAAAGAUUAUGAGAGAUGCUGUGCGUGUUUGAUCUAUGGUGACUUAUGAUGACCUUUGAACUAUGGUGACCUAUGAUGACCUUUGAACUAUGGUGCACACAGAAGCCCUCUUCAGGCUCACCAAUGGACUCCACCGAGCUAAUGUCCUUUUCACAUCUGUACGUCUGUUCAGUCCGUCUGUUUGUUGUUGUUGUUUUUUAGUUCUAACAUUCAUGUUUCAAAUAAAUUAGGAAAAAAAGAGAUGCCUAUGUUGACAAUGCUAUGUUAUUAGAGGUUUGUAGUCGAUCGUGAUGAAGACCUCUAUACUCAAUGCUUCCAUAGAGCUUCCUCUAUGCUUCCACCUCUAUGCUCAACCACCACCACCCCGUCAAAGAAAAUCUUCUCUUAAAUGUGUUAUGAAGGUUGUUAUGGAUGAUACUGCUACUCUCAUGAAGGUCGUUAUAAUUUCUUCAAUAAGAGCCUACUAAUGUUAAUAAAGAUGGUGGAUAAAUGAAGAUAGUUCACCCAAGCGGUUUACCAUUGUAAAUAAUAUUCAAAUGUUCCUGUCUGUGUAAGUGGACGUUCUCUGCGAGAGAGGGAACCAUGCUAGUCCAUGCUGGUCCAUGCUGGUCCAUGCUGGUCUAUGCUGGUCUAUGCUAGUCCAUGCUGGUCUAUGCUGGUCUAUGCUGGUCUAUGCUGGUCUAUGCUGGUCUAUGCUAGUCCAUGCUGGUCCAUGCUGGUCUAUGCUGGUCUAUGCUGGUCUAUGCUGGUCUAUGCUGGUCUAUGCUAGUCCAUGCUGGUCAGGGUUGGUCUAUGCUAGUCUAUGCUGGUCCAUGCUGGUCUAUGCUGGUCCAUGCUGGUCUAUGCUGGUCUAUGCUGGUCUAUGCUGGUCCAUGGUGGUCUAUGCUGUUCUCUGCUGGUCAGUGCUGGUUGGAUGCUGGUCAAGCUGCAAAUGGCUAAAAUGUGAAUGUAAUGUAAAUGUAUGACCACCAUGGUCUAGCUGGUCAAGCUGGUCUGACCAGCAUGGUGUAACUGGUUAUGCUGGCCGGCAAGUAUGUCUAGCUAGUCAAGCUGGUCUGACCACCAUGGUCUAGCUGGUCAAGCUGGUCUGACCACCAUGGUCUAGCUGGUCAAGCUGGUCUGACCACCAUGGUCUAGCUGGUCAAGCUGGUCUGACCACCAUGGUCUAGCUGGUCAAGCUGGUCUGACCACCAUGGUCUAGCUGGUCAAGCUGGUCUGACCAGCAUGGUGUAACUGGUUAUGCUGGCCGACAAGUAUGGUGUAACUGGUUAUGCUGGCCGAUAAGUAUUUCUAGCUGGUCUGACCAGCAUGGUCUAGCUGGUUAUGCUGGCAGACCAGUAUGGUUUAGCUGGUCAAGCUGGUCUGACCAGCAUGGUCUAGCUGGUUAUGCUGGCAGACCAGUAUGGUCUAGCUGGUUAUGCUGGCAGACCAGUAUGGUCUAGCUGGUCAAGAUGGUCUGACCAGCAUGGUGUAACUGGUUAUGCUGGCAGACCAGCAUGGUCUAGCUGGUUAUGUUGUGUUUUUGCUGGAGGCCAGCCUUCGCUGUGUUUUGGACACUGCUGACCAGCAUAACCUAAAUCAAAAGCAACAUCAAGUCCAUUAUGCUGUCUUGCAAAGUGAUGUUGGAAUCCAGCCAGUGAACAAAACAUACAUUAAGGUACCAUAAAUUACAAAGACACUUUGGAGUAACAUUACAUUACUGUAAAGAAAGCACUGGUAAACCAAACAUUAUUUUGAAGUUAUGGUAACAUACUGUACUUUUUUUUUUACAGUAACUUAAAGGUAACUGGCUUGCAGUAAGUUACUGUAAAAACAAGUAAAGUUUUUUUAUAGUGUAUUAUAAAGAUUGUUAAAAGAUUAGAACCAUACGGCAUUAUGUCAUUUGUACCUAUGAGGGAACCCUUUUGGGUGACACGUAGAACCCUUUGAAUUCUCCCUGUAGGUGAACCAUUUAUAAUUUAAUUUAGAACCCUCAUGAACGACCAAUGACACGUUCUACAGUUAUACUUAUAGGAUACUUCAGAAGUACUUAUGGCACACACAGUAAAAAAUGACUUGUCAUUUGACAGUAAGUUACUGCCUACUGAGUUGCAGUAAAAAUACAGGACUUUUACAGUUGAAUAAAGGUGUUAUUGUUGUAAAA